GGAUCUCGUUAUUGACUAUGUAACCGCAAAAAAAUCAUAAAAGAGAACGUGGAUUGUUCUCUAUCUCUGUGCCGACAACAAAACUAUAGUGGUCUAUUUCUUCAAUAUAGUCUUAUCAUAAGAUCAAAAGUCUUCAUUUGUUCAGAGUUUUGUUUACACUUUCUUCUGAGAAAAAUGCCGAGCAAGUGCGAAAUCUUGUGCGAGAUCUUGAUCGCGAUCCUUCUCCCUCCUCUAGGAGUUUGCCUCAGGCGUGGCUGUUGCACUGUGGAGUUCUUGAUAUGCUUGAUCCUGACUAUAUUAGGAUACGUACCAGGGAUAAUCUAUGCUCUUUACGUGAUUGUGUUCCAGAACCAAGAAGAGUACUUCGAUGAAGCCAGACGUCCUCUUUACUACUCCGCUUGAUUGAUAUCUCUGUCUUGUGUUUGUUCUUUUAAAAAAAAAACUGUUUACUCUUUGUAUCCCAAAUAAAUUAUAAUGUGUAAUGUGUUGAACAGAGAUUUAAAAACUUAGCGUCUUUGACUAUUAUCCUCUUGUUAUAAUAUGCAAGAUUGAAGGUUAGAUUAUUCACUUGUUGGCGUCUGUGUUCAGGUUGCAAGAUUAUAUUACCAUAGUUUAACUUU